CCCAACAUAAGGGGGAGGGGGGUGCAGGCCCCCUGGGCCCCUCCCCUAGAUCUGCCACUGAUAGGUAUAGGUGGCAAGUGAAUAUAGUUAUGAAAGAUCUUAACUUUGAAUUUUGGGGGAUGAUGUAAAGACAUGAAUGAUCAUCACAGUUGUGUACAUAACUUAAAAGUGGUGUUGUGAAAUAAACCUGAACAAAUUCUUCACAAUCUACAGGUAAAUUACAAACUCGCAAUGUGACUGGCUCCCAGUUGGCUUGAUAGCUCAAUUGGUAGAGCACUGCAUUGGUAUUGCAGAGGACUGAAUUUGUUUUGGACUUCAUUUUCACAACUGCACAUUGUGUGCAGAUAACUGCAAUUAUAAUUUGUCUCUUUAAAAUUAUAGAUGGUUGUUUACACUCCAUUAGGAACCACCUCCCCUUUACAUUAAAAUAGAGCAGACAACUUUGAAAUUUCCCUCUUGUUUUAUUCUUUCAAGUACAGCUCUCAAAAUUAACGGUGGUCUAAGAGAUUUGUGGAGUGAAAUUUUUGUAUUUAUGCAUGUCUUGCUUGUCACGUUAACUGCCUACAUAUACAUUUGCUCCCUCCAGAAUGCACGGCUCGAGACUAACUUUUCUGCUCGCUAGCCCAGUGGCUAGUGACAGGGUUGAUUCACCAGCCAAAACAAAUUUGUCACUAGCCAGACACAGACAUUUGCAAACAUAGGCAUCAAUGUUAUAAUUACAGGCGUCGCUCAACAGUUAGGCUCGAUUGCAGCUGCUCUCUCACUAAUGAAAACCAAAGUUUUUGCUUCCGUGAGAUGGCGGGUCUAAAACACAGAUCACAGGUCAUUGUUUUACCAAUACUGAAUACUGGAACAACCCUAACCCCUUCCUAGUGCUAACCUUAGGCCUGAAUACUACACUAAGACAAUGGUUAGUCUCAAGGUUAGUAUUAGUAAAGGUUUAAGGUUGUUUCAGUAUUGGUAAAACCGAUAAUAACCUGUGACCCGUGACCUGUGUUUUAGACAUGCCAUCCAUGAGAAAUUCUCACAGAACUUCGCAACUCGCCGCUAAAAAACAUCCUUUCUUUCAAAAUGCUGAUUCACGAUUUCUCAUGAACACAACAAUUUGUUCCAUCUUAACUUUAUUUACAAGUAGCAAACAUAGGCAUCAAUAUUAUAUAGGCAUCAUUCAAAUUUUCGAACAAACGCAAUUUUUUUUUAUUUUUUGAAAGCGUACGUGACUUCCAGAUGCUGUGCACAUGCAACAUGAUCCCAAGAGUUCCGUAUGAUUUCACACAUGACUAAUCAUUAGCGGCAAGCAGUUCGUUUGUCGUUCAUCGCUUUUUACAAACAAACAAAAAAGUCAAUCAUUCUUUUGCAUUAUAGUAAUUUAAAGUUGUUGUUUGGGCCAAUAAAUGAUACAUGAUAUUUGUUACAGCUGAUGUUUUAAAUUCUGCAUGCUUUUACUCAAUUUCGUUUUAUGAAAAAUUUGAAAUUAACUUUUAAUUGGUUUCCUCUGGGCCUCCAGUGCUCACAAAUUUUCAGUUUCACUAGCCAAAAUGGCUAGUGAAAUGCAAAAACCACUAGCCAAAAUGGAAUUUUUACUAGUCUGUGGCUAGGUGGCUACCGUUAGUCUCGAGCCCUGAGAAUGUGUGUUUUUUUUAAAUACAGUACAACUGAUCAUGUGCACCAUUCUCUUCUCUAGGACAUCAUUUACAGUUCACAAAUAUCAUAAUUUUGUAUACUUGAGAUCAGAGUGAAACUUUUUGGUGAAGACCAUUCAACAGACCACUGACAGCUUUAGUUAUCCCAGUCUGUUUGGUAGUCAAAGGAGUACAAUGUAGUUCAACUUCUGGGAUAUCUUAACUAGACGAGAAGGAUGUCUGACAUUAGCAAAUCAGUAAUUGUUUUGUCCGAAAAAGGCAUCAGCACAAGUACUUGCUUGGACUUCCUUGAGACGAUUAAGACUAUUUUACUCAGCAAGGAGGUUUUGGAAGGAGCUAGCAAUUUUCAAAAGCCCCCUAACAUACUCGCUGUAAUCUGUGGCCUAGACAAGGAUCAAAAGUACUUAAAAUCCAUACAAAGCUAUGUUUACCAUAGUAUUCUGAAACCCUGGAAUGAUCAGCAAGGCAUGUUUGUUACAUGUAUUCUUACUUCCCAAAAUGAUAAUGUAAAUGAGCUGGACAUCCUCUCUGCUCUAAUUGCACUUGCUUAUGAAAAAGGUGACAUGGCUUGUUUAGAAGAAAUAGUAGACCAGUAUCAACACCAUGCUGGUGUUGGUUAUCUGAUGAGUAACCUUGGAGUGAUGUUCAGUGAGAGGAUGGAGUACAAGAAAAGUGAGACUUGCUUUGCUAGAGCCAAGAAUUGCUUUGAAUGUGAACAUGACCGUUUGGGAAAUGCUGUUGCCUGUUUGAACUUGGCAAUUCUCCACAAGCUUGUUGGAAAUGAUGAAAAUGCCUGGUCUUGCUGUGAUUCUGCAGCCUCCUUGUGCCAUGAUAUCUCCAUGAGAAUGACAAGAGAUGUUCAUCUGCCAUGGAAGGUCUUAAGAAGAGUUGCUGAUUUGUUUCAAGAAUUUGGAAACUACAAGAGAUGUCAAGAUAUUCUGCAGAUUGGUGUAUUGUAUGACAUCACUGGUGCGAAUGAAGUCUCCACAAUAACCUUGAUGAAGAGGUUGAUGGCUUUGCAGCUGAAAGAACAGAAUGGUGAGAAAAUACAAGGUGAAGAACUUAAAGAUGUUGCCUACNAUGUCUCCUACUUUUUGUAUAGAUUUUCAAGUCAGCGCCAGGCUGAGUUUGUUUUUGAUAAUUUGAUUUGUGGUUUAAGGCAGUCAUUGGCACUAGCCAAGGUGGAAGGUGUUGAAAUUUCUAAUGCUUCUGCUGUGCAGAAUGGAGAAUGUUUCUUUAUUCUGGAGCCUAGUAAUUCCUCUUUAUCUCUUGUUGUGGAAGAAGAAUCUGUCCUAGUAAAAUGCCGGACUGUCAAAGAGUACGAGUUGAAUUGCAUCUGUUCGUUAGUGAAGAACACGUUAGAGAGCACAAUGGACUCAUUGUGUUGUGUUGUCAGGGUUACCUUUGAGCAAUCUUUGCAGUUGGUUUGUGAUGAUCAUGAUGUUGACUAUAAGUACUUAAAAGAGUCAGCAAAGAAGCCGUCUAGUUCUGGUCAAUAUUCGGAAACUUUGGAAGUACACGGAGAUGUAAGUAGCCAUGAACCUGAAUGCAAUCAUCUGGAGGGAAAACCACCUGCAGACUUGCCACAGAAUGAGGUGGAAGAAGACAUCCUAUUCACUGGCCAACCUGGUGACAAGAUUAGCGCUGAGGUUUGUUUGGGCCUUCUGGCAUGCCUCUUGACUAGCAGUCAUGUAUCAUCAGAGGUACGACCAUCAGGCACUGGUGAAAUGUCUUCUUCGACUCUUUCAGCCUAUUUGGAUGAUGAGAAGCAGCUUAACAACUCUAUGUUAUCACCUGGCCCCAUGUCAUCACUGAACUCAGUUCCUGCCAGCCCAUCGGAUAAAGUGUGUGAGAUGCCUGCGUUUUUACAGAACAUGUCGUUAUCUUUGAGCAAAGCAGCAGCAGAACCAUGUGAUGAGAAAAAGGCUUCCAACAAUGAUGAUAUGAUAGGGAGGACAUCCACGGCUUGUGCAGUUUGCAAUGAAUUACCUUUGAAAUUGCAAGAGAAGCUAUCAAACCAAUCUGUUGGAGGCAACUCUGUUGGGGCAUCUUCUGCAACGAGAUCAAGUCAUGAAGAAGGUGUAUCUUCAGGAGAGAACAAUCAGGAUUCAGAAACAAGAGAAACUGUGCAGUUAGAAGACGGUACUCAAUUAAGUAAAGAGGACAUUUUAAUUCUUAAGAGUGAGGUUGAAUUUUGUCAGAAUCAGUGCCAUGAGCUAAGGCAACAAUUGGGUCAGCUGAAGGAACAGUUCCAACAAUGUGAGGAAGAGAAACAACAGCUUGAAUUAGAGUUGGGAAGAAGAUCAUUCCUCGAGGAUAAACAGAAGCGCAAUGAAAAAGCUUUUGGAUCAUCCAGGACCCAUGCCAAUGAGCAGAGCAAAUCUUGUUCAGCCAGUAGUAGUACAUCUUACGAUUUUACUGAUAUGGAAGGAAAACUGCUUGGUGGGGCAGGACCUCUACAAGAGCCACGUUUUUCACUCCAACAAAGACUAUUGGAAAUCUCAAACUCCUUGUCAGAUGCUGAGAUGAGGCAGAUGAAGUUCUUGGCCAAACGCAGAGUGAAUGCUUUUCGACUUGCCAAAAUCAGAGAAGGUGUUGAGCUGUUCAAAGAAUUGGAUGCCAGUGGAGUAUUGUCUUGUACCUAUGUAAGAGAGUUACUCAGAGGAAUUCAACGUUUUGAUCUUCUGGAGAAACUUGAUAUCCCUUUACUUGGCAAUGCAGAAAGAGGGGAUGAUUCAUUCUGUGUGGAAUAUGGCCCUGUACAUGAGCCAACAGAUGGUUCAUUCUUCACGGAGCAAGGCCCUGUACAAGAGCCAAAAGAUGGGGCAUUCUGCAUGGAAGGAGCCCCUGUACAAGAGCCAACAGAUAGUACAUUCCACAUGGAAGAAGCCCCUGAACAUGAACCAAAUGGUGUAUUCCACAUGGAAGAAGCCCCUGAACAUGAACCAAGUAAGAAGCCUGAUAAUGGACAUUUUAUAAUUAACACAUCUGCAAGGAUAUUGCAAUGAUACAAGA